GGGGCAGCACCCUGCAAGGAGGCCCCCAAGCAGCAGCACCGGAGGAACUGCACCACCUUCACCAUGUACCAGCUGCACCAGCUGGAGCGGGCAUUUGAGGCCUCCCACUACCUUUACAGCCAUGAGGAGCUGGCAGCCAAGGUGCACUUGCCAGAGGUGUGCAUGCAGGUGUGGUUCCAGAACCACCGGGCCAAGUGGCAGCGCCAGGAGCGUCUGGAGUCGGGCUCGGGGGCCAUGGCAGCCCCGAGGCUCCCUGAGACCCCAGCCCUGCCGUUUGCCCACCCUCCAGCCACGCCACUGCCCCUGGAUCCCUAGGUGGGCCCCGAGCCCCCCGCAUUGCCAGCCCUCCCUCACUUCCUGGGCCCCGGCCCGGUGCAGGCAUCCUUUGGGCCCCAUGUCUUUGGAACGGCCUUCGUGGAUGGCUUCACCCUGGAGGAGACAUCCUUUUGGCUGUUGGCCAAGGAGCACACACAAACUCUGGACAGGACCUGGCCAACGGCUUGAACCUGGUGCCCGCUCAGCUCUCCCUCUUCAACCUGUCCCAAGGGCCUGGGACGUGCUAGGUGACAGACCUAGGCAAGGUUACAGAGUAGCCCAACCAUCAGGUCAAGCUAUCACUGAAGAGCAAGACUUGAGACCCUUGCCAUCCCUCUCCUCCCCAUCCAUGGCCACCCAUGCUGGGUCCCAACCCACCUCAUCCUUCCUUUCAGGGAGACUGCUGCCCAGUCUUGGGAAGGAGGUGGCCACAGGGUUCCCAUGCCAGGGGGCGGGGCCCUGGGUGGCCUGAGGGGGGAGUCUCUGCCCUUCUUGGCGCCUCAGUGCCCCCUCUGUCAAAUGGGGGGGUGGGGGUGGAUUUGGAGGCUCUGGGACGGUAAGGCUAUAAUCAGGAGCUACCGACACCUUAAUUCUGCGAGUCGAUGACUCUAAAUCCCUCCUAAUCUUUCAGCAGCAGAGGUGCCCGACUUUCAGGGCCUCCCUCUUCAAGAAAUAUUAUAACUAAUAACAGCAGAGCAGCUGCUGUCCAGGGGCUUCCUUUCACAGCGUGCUCCUGGCCCAAGCCGAGCAUAUGAGGCAAGAACAGCCCUCAGCCCCACUGUACAAUGAGGUAACUGAGGCCCAGAGUUGGGAAGCCAGUUUACUGAAGCCACACAGCCAAUAAGAGGUGCAGCUCUUUUUCAAACUCGUGCCUGACUCCAUUGCCCCAGGCGCACACUGGGUCCUUACUAGCGUGGGAAGCAGCGGCACCCAGGUCAGAGCUAAUGGGGGAUGGGAGAAUACUGUCUGUCCUUGCUCCUUCCAUGUUUCAAAGUGUGGCUUAUGUCCCCACUGACCAGAUACCAUCACGUCUCCUAGCCCAGUCAGGCUGGGAUGGGGCCCUGGUGGCAAGGCCAGCAUUUGUUCUGUCCAACCCAAUACAUCCAUCCAUCCACCCAUCCAAUAAGCAAUGGGGACACAACAGUAAACAAAACAAAAAUCGCUACCCUAAUGGAGCCAUCGUUCCAGGGGGAGACACAAGAUGCAUGAAUAAAAAAUAAAUAAAACAUAAAACACCAGCUGGUGGUAAAUACAAGGGAGAAAAAUAAAGCCAGGAAGGGCGAUUGGGAGUGCAAGGCAGGUGUUGCAGUUGAAUAUGGUGGUUAGGGGAGGCUUCACAGUGACCUGAGCAGAGACCUGGAGGUGAAGGAGGGAGCCACGGGGACACCAGGGGAAGAGCGACCCAGGCAACAGUCAUAGGUGCAAAGGCCCUGAGGCACAGCCCAGCCACGUGAGUUAGAGGAACAGCAAAGAGCCUGUGUGUCACAUGGAGCAGUGGGAGGGGGAGAGAGAAGGUGAGGGCAGGGAGGUGACAGGGCAGGGCAGGUAGGGCCUGUUGCAAUUACAACUUUGGUUUUUAGGGCUGGCUGAGUGGUGCGUUGGUUAAGAGCUGGCUUGGGAUGCCAGAGGGCCCCAGUUUGGAUC